AUGUCGGAUUCUAUUUUCGAACAGCCUUUUGUGUACUGUGGUGUUUGCCAUAGAAGAACAUCGCAUGGAGAUCCACUGCGGCUGACUUCAUGUGCUCAUAUUCUUUGUUCGCAGCAUUCUCCGGUAACAUCAAAGGUGUGUCCCAUAUGUCAUUCAAACGAUAUUUCCAUCAUCAAGCUUAUAGAGUCCAAGCAACUACCCACUGACAUUAGGAUUUUUUUUGAGCCAUUGCCCCAACUUUUGGAGUCGUUGUACAAUGUCUCCCAAUUCCAGUUGAAGGGACUUUCAAAUCAAUGUCAAUACUAUCAAAAUCAUUGUUUAAAGUUAAGAGAAAAAUGUGCGAGACAGCAACAGUUGUUAUAUCAAGCCAAAAUAGAGUUGGAUUCUAUGGCAAUUCUAAAGAAAAGAAUACAGGAAUUAGAGGCAGUGUUGAAACAUAACAAUGUUUCUUCUAUGUCAGUGGGUGUGCUGCCGACCAACAUCAGCCAUCAAAAUAAUUAUCAGCCCCCCCCAACCGUUGAUUUGACUGUUGAUGACAAUAGUUUAGAAGAAUUCGAAGCUAAAUCAUUUAUCAAAAAACUAAAAAAAAACUCCUCUUUGAGAAAUUCUUCGAAAAAUAACAAUGGAACUGUCACUCCCUCCACAAGUAGUCGUGUAAAUAAAAACCAACCUCUCUAUAUGGAGACGUUGAAUAAUCCUAAUAAAAAUAGCAUUCCUUCUCCUAGCCUGAAUCCAAAUGCCAAUGGAAAUCUACCUAAUAUUUCCACUAUUGCAGAAUCGACCAAUUUAAACAGAUUUUCGUACUCUCCUUUACGUGUUGCUAAAGAUUUCAAUAGCAAGCUGCCAAAUUUUGACAUCCUCACGAAUAAUGGCUCUAUAUCUUCCAAGAAUAUAUCAAGAUUAUCUUCAGCUUCUUUUCAACCGUCUUCGCCUCUAUCUUCGUCAUCAGGCAAACUUAUUUUACCGAACAACAACAUUAGAGAAUUGCGUCAUUCAAACACUCCUUUAACAAGCACCCCAACGCAGUUUCCCUCAGCAUUAGAAAAGUUAAAAAUAACAAGGAAAAGAAAUAAUACUAUUAGUGGUUCGAAUAGAAUAACACACAACUUGAGCUCACAUGUAAGAAGCAGUGGUAUUGCAUUUUCAUCUUCAUCGACCUCAUUGCAACAAAGUAAACUGCCGAAAUCGAACAUACUAAAGCGAUCCAGUUCAACUCAGCAACUGACCAAUACACACCUCAAGAAUGAUAAUUCUCAGCCACCUCGCUCAAGUAAUACUGUAUUAGGUGGUAGCAAGAAAAACAAUAAGUUUAGAAGGAUAAGGUAA